CGUGCUUGCGGCGGGAGCCUCAGUAGCCGCUUGUACGUCGACCGGAAGAGCUCUUUGUCGUCACGUCGUCCUGAGACGCGCUGCGCGCCAUCGCCGACGAGAGGGAGAUCUUCGGAUCGAAUUUUAUCUUCAUCUUUUUUUUUUUCGCUCCCCUUAAUUUUCUCUGGUGCGCGAACCGCGAAGGCGAGCGCGCGGGAUCCCCUCGGAGUUCUCUCUCUUUCUAUCUCUCUCUCUCUCUCUUAUUCUCUCUCUCUCUAUCUCUAUCUUGUUCUCUCUCGUUCUCCUGCAUACACACAUACAUACACACGCAUCCGUUGCCGAAAGGAUUCUCGACCCUACGGGGCACGAGACUGGGACCGAUUCAAGUGAAGUGUUUUCCUUUUUCUUUUCGUUGUCACCCCCGUUGACUGGUGAAUGGAUCGACGAGCAGGUGCGACGACCGAACGGAACCGGAUCAUCCUCUUAAUAUGAACGCGGAGCUGUGAUCCGUGGCCGGACGCGUUUAUGAGUGUGUAAUUACGAAAACAAACGCGGAGACAUCAUGAGAAGUGUCGCAAGCUAUCGGGAAGCGCGUCCGACCCUCUCCGCAUCGCUUUUCAUCGUUCUCGCCGUUUUCGUGACCGGCGUUCGUGGACUUAGCAAUGUGUCCAUCGAUAUUCCAUUGGCUGUGGCAGCAGGCACAACCGUCAAUAUGAGUUGCAGAUACGAUCUAGGGUCGGACACUUUGUACACAGUGAAAUGGUACAAGGGCCCUGAAUUUUUUCGAUACAUCCUGAAAGAGAUGCCGCCGAUUGCUGUUUUCGGAGAUUUGGGUUUCAAAGUUGUUAAGAAUCAGAGUGACGCCCAUCGAGUAGUUUUAAAGGACGUGCAGCCAAAUCACACCGGCAAGUACCGUUGCGAGGUCUCUGGUGAUUCGCCGUCGUUUAAUACUCUAAGCGUUAUUGGUUACAUGUACGUGGUCAGUCUUCCCGAGGGCGACCCCCAAAUUAGAGUGGAGAAGCAACGUUACGCUGUCGGUGACACUGUUCGCGGAAACUGUACUGUUCCUUCGGGAAACCCACCAGCAAAUGUGACGUGGACUGUCAAUGGAGUGCCGGUGAAUGCUAGUUUCACGCUGAACAUGACGGACAAACUUGGUGACAAUCAGCAACGAAUGACUAUCGCAGGACUGGAUUUCGAGAUAAUACCAGAUAGUUUUGGUAACGGCAGAUUACACGUGGUUUGCCACGCCAAAGUCUUUCAUUUGUAUAAAAAAGAAGCCUCUGUCGAUUUAAUGGAGGAACGGCCACGUUUGGCAUCCGUUUUAGGAACACGAGAAUCUUCCCAUAUUGGCAGCGCAGCGAAACACAUUGAAGGAUGGUUCUAUUUUAAUGUCGCAGUCACGUUGUUAAUGUGCAAUCUGAGAUAACAUCGAUGAACUGAGAAUUUCGAGUUUUGUGGAUGUGACUGUACCGGAGAUGGGGGAAUUGUUUGUAAAAUUUUGAAAUUAAGUGCGAUGGAGGGGAACGAGGAGGGAGAAAGAAAUCUUUCGUUAACAUAAAUAUCGACCGUAUGUUAUUCGUGUAAAUAGGAUAAAAAUUUAGCGAAUUAUCUACGUGUAAUUGCGACCCACACGCAAUCUCGUCGCAAGCGAGAUGAAUUUAUAAUCUGAUUAAUAUGUCAUAAUAUUACAUAUUAGAUUGAGGAUACACCGCAGCAGGUAUUCGCGAAAUUAUUUCAACGAUAUUACAACCGUGUUUUCUAUCCUCCGAGAAUGAUUUUGAUACCUCUUCUGUAAUAUUAUAGCUACAGAAAUGUAUCUUAUAACAUUUCUAGGUGAAAGCUGUUAUUAUUUGGGAAUGAAAUUUUGAGUAAAAGAAUAAAUAACUCACCUUCGUUA